GUGAGAUUUAGAAAUGUCUUAUCGUGUUAUUUUCCUACACGUAUUAUCACGCCAAAUUUAUUGAUCAAAUCGCUGAACAUAGCAAGUAUGAAGACAUUGAUUUAUCUUACCACAUUGGUGUUUUCAGCAAUAGUAUAUGCCAACAAAGAUAAUGCAUGUCAUGGUCAUGGCCACCGGUGUGGUCUUGUGGACACUGCCAUUCAAGAUAUAGGCAUCAACUUUGAUGACCACUUGUGUCAUGCUUUCAAAGACGUAAACUGCGAUGGUCAUGUACUCGAACACGAUGAGCAAAUCUGUGGUACAGAUGGAAUUACUUACAGCAGUCAUUGUUCCUUUGCUAAGACUCGAUGCUUUAGACAACUAGAUAAGCAUCUUUCUCCUCUUGACGUCGCAGCUCAUGGACCAUGUGGCUCAUCUAAUGGGUCAACUACACGUACUUCCGGCUCCGUACUUAUGACCACAGUAACAAGAAGUGCAUCAACCACAAACACACUUGUUGCUACUACUAACGCACAAGUUUCAACUACGUCUUCGUCAACUAUAGUAUCAAUGGAAAACACAACGGUGGCCGCUUCAAACGCACCAGUUUCAACAACAUCGUCUAUGCCAACAACAACAACUGUACCAGCCUCGGCAACGUCGGCGUCUUCAACUGCAGUACUGUCAACUACCAUAUCAACGCACGCAAUUCUCGGAACUGUAUUUUGUCAGUAUCAAGGGGCUAUUGUCUGUGGCCAAGGCUUAUCAGUUGUAUGUGGUUCUGAUGGAAAUUUCUAUCCAAACAAGUGCGAACUAUCAAAGUCACAGUGUUCUGACCCGACACUUAGAGAAGUUUCUGAUCCAUUACACUGCAGUCUGUCUCCGUGAAAAUAAAACGUGUACCGCAACUAAUGCAUUGUAUAGAGACAUUAGUGAUUUUUCUAGUUUGUCUUAAUACAAAUAAAAUACGUCAUGUA